AUGCCGAUUGAUCUGCAUCAGCUUUUCCUGUUCAAGCUGUUCUCAGCCUUUCGUACAGCUGCUGGAACCUCCGAAGAUUCGCUGCACAGCGUGGGCUUGUGUUUCAGCUCCAUUUUCGACGAGCAACUUCAGUUGGGCGACGUCCCGACAGACAAACAGCUUUCAGCUUUCGUUGAGCUAGUUCGGGAAGCGACGUGGUCAAAUCCAAACUUGUGCGGGCUGCAGGGGACUUUGGAGGCUCACGUUGCCAUCGUGAACAUGGAAGCCACCUGGCGGCCAUCGGCUUGUCCAUGUUUGGGCCAACUGUGCUCUGCACCGCACCCACGCAGCCGAAGGAGCCAUCCAGGACACCUUUCCAAAGAAGGAUGGCAAAGCUGCAGCCUUGCUUGCCUUGCAGUCGUUGCUUUACCAAGUAUCAACCGGCGACGCACCCCACUUGCCAAGGUUAAGGCAAAAGCAUCGGCCACGGAAGGCCCAGAGUCGUACGAGAAACUUGAGGCUUUCCUUCAAUUACAGCGACAAUCUCCACCAGCCAGCGAUCCCUUGGGCGGCUCUUUGACACCGUACAACGACGGUCCGUUGGAUGUGCUGUUCAUCGCUGUGUUUCGUCAGGUCAUGUCUGGUGUCGCUGGCUGGCAGUCUCCCUUAGCAUUCUGGGGGCCAGAGGCCUAUGACGGGAUGUUGGAGGUGGCGCAUGCGCAGCAGUGGGGAAGGAGCCUUCAAGAAACGGAGGACUCCGCGAUGUCAGUCAUCGACGGCUUGCUUCCCGAAGAGGGCAAGUCCACGCGGGGUGUGUAUUUCAGGAUUUUCAAGGCAUUGUUCACAGAGCUCUUGCAGACAAGGGGGCACAGCACACGUGUGACAUCGAAGCCGCUAUUGCCGGCACUGGUGAUGGGGCAGAGUUGCUGUCGAGCGGCAGCACCAUGCGAGGAGGUGCCCAACCAGGUGCUCCACGAGACAACGGAGGCUUGCGACAGUGAAGCUGAGAGCCUGCUGCGAGAACUGUUUCGGUCCAACACUCGUUGCAUGGGCGAGCUCGAAGCAGCUGCUUUCAUUCUGACACACCGUUCAUUUAUGUGCAUUUGA